UCAAAAAAGUGAGUAAAAACUCAAACAAGCAAACACCACACCAACAAAUUCUCUUGUCACUCAUUUCACUUCUUAUUCCGAUUCAAGAAGGAAUGAAUUCACGUACAAAAGAAAUGAACCGUGUCUAUAUAAUUAUGUAACAGGGGAAAAAAAAGGAGAGCGAAUAAAGCAAAUUCGGUCGGGUUUCUCGUUUCAGGGGAGACAAUUCGUGCUCUACUGUCUACAAUGCUCAUUGCUCCACCUGGAAGUCUAGACGCAACGGAGCUCUCUGCUGUGCUACCUCCUACCUACCUGCCCUGCCUUGCUGAAUCGGAGCAUUAGCAUUACCAAUGGACGGAACUGGAACUCUCCCAAGUCCCAACUGAGCUGGAGAAAGCAACGCAGAGCACGGCCAGCGCCAGCGCCGGCAUCUUCCCGGUGACGAGGCCAGCGAGGAUGAUCUGCAGUCGGCACCAACGCACCAACGCGGGAAACGGUAAUGCGCAUCCGCGUCGACGGUGGAGCGACCUGGCGGCGGUGGUGUGGGCUCGGCGGUAGCAGCAACUACGGCAGGCUCCACGCUUUGGAUCGCCCGGGCGUCUCCGGGUGUGCUCGUGCUCGCGUGCGUCGUCGCCGUGCCGGGAAUCCGUGCCGCGGAGCGUCUUGCCGUUUCGCAACUUGUUGGCGAGUAGCGCGCAGCGAUCUCCUGCUCUGUUUUAGCUUGAGAUUGUUACUGGCCGACAACUUGCUGGUGGCCGCGGACCAGAGCCAGGCGCCAUCGAUUGCUUCGGACGGACUCGAUACAGGACAGCGCCACCGACGCCAGCGUGGCCGCGGCCACCAGCUGCUUGCUCCAGAUCACCACCAGCGAAGACCAAGAGGAGCCCUGGCGGACGCUGAAGCCCGCGCCUUUGGAUGGGCGUGCCGGUGCCGGUGCCGCCGCGUCGCGAGCCACCGAAAGCUUGCGCCUUUGCUGGGGCUCCGCGGCAGCGGCGCGGCGCCUCUUCCUGGUGUUCCUGAUGCGGCCGUGGUUCUUGACGACGAUGUCCGCGAGGGAGGUCGGGAAGCCGGUCUGGACCGGGAGAGGCCCCGGCGGGCGCAUUGACGCGAGGAGGCGGCGCAGGCGGCCUGCGCCGCCGGGCGCUUCAGCGGGAUCGUUGGCAUCGCCGGCGGCUGCCGACGCCGGCGAGCAUUGGAGACGUGGCGUCAGCGGCGAGGCUUUGCGCGUCCGCGUUGCUGGCGGAAGCGAAGAAGGAACUCGGUUUGCUGUUUGCAUUGGGGUAUUCGCCCUGUUUUUAUUCUGCGAUCGAGAGGUGUGGCCGGCCAAGGCCUGCGCUCUGCGCGCGCCUGCGCCUGCGCCGUGUCUACUGUCUAGUGUCAUCCGCGGAUCCACCUCCUUACCUCCAUUGUCCGACAGGCCACUCUUUCUGCUGUGUGCCACAUAUUGACAUAUAUAGGACAUAUUUAUGGAGCAGUGCACGGCUACAUCAAAGAGAAGAAGAGAUCGCUCCAUGCAUGAUUCCUUGCAAAAUAGCACUUGGAUAAGUGCUCUAGAUCACCUUUUCCAUGCAAACUCCACGGCGCACAAAAUAGCACUUGGAUAAGACAUGCAAACUCCACGACUGUACAGCUGUACUGGUGACAGCAAAGUCCUUGUGUGAUGGAAUUUGAGCUCCAUUUGUUUACUUGA